AGAAAGCCGAUUCUGGAAGCCAUUACGUUGCGCACAUCAGUUAAGUAAAUCUUACUAUUUUUGCGUACAAUACGCACAAUUACAGCUCCAAAAGAGGAAUUAGUGCAGUUAUGGCAUCGGCCGCCAAAAAGCGUAAAAUGAAUUUCUCGGAGCGAGAGGUGGAAAUAAUAGUGGAGGAAAUAGAGAAACAAAAGCACACUCUGGUUAACCAUUUCAAUGCUGGAGUCACUCACAUGGCCAAGAAUAACGCGUGGGCAGACAUCCUGAAGAAGGUGAACGCCGUCACCACCUGUCCCAGAGAGCUGCCCGAGGUCAAGAAGAAGUGGUCCGACAUGAAGACCGAGGUCCGCAGGAAGGUGGCCCAGGCUCGGGCUGCCAUCGAGGGGAACUCCUCGGACUGCACCCCGGUUCACGUCAUCCUAACGGCGAUGCAGCAGCGGAUCUGUAACCUUCUGGGAGAGGCCACCAUCAUCAGCUUACCUGCUGGAGACUCUGAUGCUGAGAUCACCCUACCUGUGUCCGUGAACGCCAGCAGCACCGUCACUCUGACAGAGACUCUGCCAGCUGCUGCCACAGUGUGUGAUGACGCAAAAAAUGCUGACACCAUGUACACCACCCUGGAGGACGGCGGCGUGGUGGAGUACUGUACCACCACCGUUGGUGACUCCACCCCCACCGUGGUGGCGGCCGUCGAGGCUCCGGUGGAAAUGCUCGCGUCGUCCUCAGCGUCCCCGCCCCCGCCCCAGGGCCAGGCCAAACCUCAGGAGCUGAAGAGCCGCAUCGCCCUGAACUCGGCCCGCCUGCUGCAGGAGCAGAGAGUCACCAACGUCCACAUCCGCCAGAUCGCCCAGCACCUGGAGGGCCAGAACGAGCUGCUGCAGCUGAUGCGGCGCUCCCAGGAGGCUCAGGCGUUCGCUCAGGAGAGGCAGGCUCAGGCUCUGGAGGGGAUGCAGGCCGCUCUGCUCGCUCUGGUUCAGAUGCUCCGACCGGCGCUCAAAGACCUCAGGAAGUUCCUGCAGAGCGGGACUGAAGCCGCUCCGGCAAACUCCAGCAGCUCUGCAGGAACCACAGAAGAGCAGAACCGAGCUAAAACGCCGCCGCCGGCUCCACAGCCAGACGAGACGCAGUGACUCUGUGUGUCAGGACUCAUCAGAAGUUGCCUUAGAGAGAGCAUGUACAGGAUCUGACUUUGUUUUAUGAUUUGGAUGCUCACGGACGCUCACAGUAGUGUUUUUUGUUAUUUAAUACUGUUGAUUUCAAUCAUGUUUUUAAUGAUGCACAUUUAUUUUAGUCUCCACUCACCCAGCAGUAUCUGUCCUGUUUUUAAGAGCAGACCUUGUGUGCGUCACGUCCUCACAGCUCAAUAAAGUUUGAGGAAAAGUC